AUUGUAUUUUGAUUUUAAUCAUACACUCUUCGAAUGCUGGCCAUGUAUUAAAAACGUGACUAAUUGAAGAAUUACUACUAAUUUACUAUUUACUGUGUUUUCUAUUUCAUGUCCAUUUCUAUUAUUGCUAACAUAAUUUAAAGAAAUGGCUCAAACAGCGGGCGUAAAACCUUUUCCUAUCGCUGGUCGCGUGGCAUCAGAGAGAGAGCGAACUUUGGGCAUGACACCCACUGAAAGGUGUUGGCGAAAGCAAUGGUUGCAAGAUCAAAUUUUGGAUCCAAAUGAACCUUGUGACAUCCCAGAAUACUGGAAGGAACGCACAAACCCUAUCCGUCGCAUAUACACAGCGGGUCCUCAAAGCCUCGCUAGAUUCAUUGGGUGUAAAUGUUUACUGGCUGCUUUUGGCGUUCUAUGCAUCCACUACUACUUCAAAUAUAACGGAAACGACUGGACGAAGAAGGGUGGUUGGAGAGUAAUAAAGACUCGACCAAUGAUUUUGCCUGGCCAGGAAGGUUUCCCCUUCAAACCUGACCGUUGCGAACAUACCGACUACGCUAACAGGAACUUUAGAAACUCACCAAUAUAAAUCAAAAUAGUUAAUUAGUAGGUAUAGUUGAAGAAAUAUUAUUUGCACCGAUUAAUGUUAUCUCUUGGAAAGGCUUAUCCUUUCUCUUACAAUAGGGUAAUAAAACCAUUAACACUUGUUUAAUUUAAAGCGUAUAUGGACUUAAUGAUCUUGACACAUCGCGUUAAAUUACUAAUAAACUAAAAAUUACUAUGCGUUAAAUGACCGUUUCAAAUGCUGUUUCUGAAUUCUAGUUUUCAAUUAAUUCUUUACUCAACAGGUUUUUUUAACAGUAGGUACUUUGUAAAAUACCGACUGCCGAUUAUUUUCUUACUAAUUCAACAAGUUAUUUAUUGCUAAAGAUCAUCAAGUUUACAAGUAAGUGCCAAUGCGUUUUUACGCAUUUUUCUUUUGUAUUCAAAUUAGUUAUUUGCACUGUAUAGAUUGCACGCGUGUUACCGAGACGGUUCACUCUAUUGUCCUAUUGUACUCUAAAGAUGAAGAUGAUAAGACGAAUCGGUGCAAAUAAUAUUUCGCCAA